AUGGCGGCGUUAAUCUCCCGAAGGAACAGACCAACCCCGGAGGAACAGACUCACCCCAAAGGGAAACAAACCAAUCCCAAGGAACGACCCACCCCGAAGGAACAGACAAUCCGAAGGAACAGACAAUCCCAAGGGAAAACGCAAUCCCAAAGGAACAGCCCCAUCCCGAAGGGAACAGAUGCUCCUGGGAACAGACUCACCCUGGAGGACGAGGAAAACAGCCCAAACCCGAAGGAACAGACCCAUCCAAAGGGAACAGAUGCACCCCCUGGGGAACAGACUCACCUGGGGGAACAGAACCAAAACCCCGAGGAACAGCCAAUCCCGAAGGAGCAGCCCAAAUCCGGGGAGCAGCCCAAUCCCGAGAACAGCCCAACCCGGAGGAGCGCCCAACCCCGGGGGAACAGCCCAAUCCCGGAGGAACGCCCAAACCCCGGAGGACAGACCAACCCCGGAGGAACGCCCAAACUCCGGGGGAACAGACCAAUCCCGGGGGAACCCGCCAAACACCGGAGAAACAGCCAAAUCCCAGGGGAAAAAGACCAAUCCGAAAGGAGCGCCCAACCCCGGGGGAGCAGACCAAUCCGGAGGAACAAACCAACUCCGGGGAAGGAGCAGCCCAAACCCCGGGGGAACAGACCAACCCCCGGGGAACAGCCCAACCCCGGAGGACACCUACCCCGGGGGAAACAGCCCAACUCCGAGGAGCGACCCUCCCGGAGGAAAAAGACCAACCCGGGAGGAGCAGCCACCCCGGAGGAACAGCCCAAUCCGGGGGGAAAUGACCAACCCCGAGGAAAACCAACCCGGAGGAACAGACCUAUCCCCGAGGAACAGCCCAAUCCCGAAGGAGAGCCCAAUCCCGGGGAGCAACCAACCCCGAGGAAACAGCCCAAACUCCGGAGGAGCAGACCAAUCCCGGGAGGAACAGACUAA